GCUGACGCGGAAAUCUGAAUGUCCAGCUGGUUAGAAGGCGGCAUGGAAAUUUCUGAAAAUGACAAUCUAUAUGUCUUUAUAAUAAACGUGUAAUAAUUUCGGACACUAGAUGUUGAUGCAGGGGAUCUUAACUGGGUGGAGACAACCUAGAAAACAGUGUUUUUUUAUUGGACAACCUUUGAGCUAGACAAGAAAGCAUGUUACGAUCAUAUAGUAUUUUUCGCUUGAGUGUUGUUAUUUUGUUUCUAGCACUUGGAUCUUUGCAUGCCAAGGACUUUAAGUCAUUAUGUUCAACAUGCAGACAAUUAGUCGACAAUUUUGACAAGGGUCUGGAUAAAACGGCAAAGCAAAAUUUUGGUGGUGGAAACACAGAAUGGGAAGAGCGAAAACUCUCCAAAUAUGUGUUGAGUGAGAUUAGGUUGACGGAGAUACUGGAGAGUUUGUGUGACAGCAGCAGUUUUGAGUGUAACCACAUGUUGGAAGAAAAUGAAGAACACUUUGAGACAUGGUGGUUCAAGAGGAAAACAAAACACCCCGAUCUAUUCAAAUGGUUUUGUAUAGAGACCAUUAAAAUGUGCUGCCCAAAAGGCUUAUUUGGUCCUGACUGCAACACUUGCAUUGGAGGUGCUGACAAACCAUGCCAUGGUAACGGCAAAUGUGAUGGAGAUGGAACAAGGGCUGGAAAUGGAAAGUGCAGUUGUGAUAAGGGAUAUAAAGGGGAGUUAUGUCUGGACUGCAGUGAUGGUUAUUUUAGUGCACUGAGGAAUGAUACAUUCUCCUUGUGCAAAGGUACACAUCAAAUAAACUUGAUCAACAUCAUGUUUCAUAGUCAUAACUAGGGGUGUGCAGUAAAGCCAAUAUAAUUUAUUAUUACCAUUAUCAUUAUUAUUCCUUAUUUUUCUGGUACUUUGUUUCUGAAAUAGUUAAUUAAUUAGAGAACAAUAUUCAGUUAUAUAUUUUUUUACUACAUCACUAUGAGUGAUAGAAAUCAGAACAAAUAAUGAAUGCAUAAAUUAUGGAACAGCUCUAACAGAAAUUGAGACUACAACAAUGAUUCAGUAUUUUACUUUCCUUAAAUUCU